AUGCACGAUGCGCCCUCUACGCCAUUGUUGAUCGGCGCACACACGCACUCGAAUACGUCAAACAGAAUAUUAGUGGCGAAAAUGUUCAAUGCUGAUACUUGGAAAUCUUGGGAAAGAAGUGGAAAAUCUGAAUUUUUGAAGCAAUGCAAAGCACUUCUAAAAGAGGACUCGAGUCCUCUGUUUGUCAAAAACGAUCGGAAAUCGGGAAUUUCCCGUGCCAUCUACGAUCUUGUUUCACAUGGCAUCCGGGGGCACAUCAAAAAGGAACAAGUGCUGGCUAUGUUGGGUGAGCUGGCCAAUCUGCACUGUGAUAUUCCAUCGAUACUGUUGGACAUCUACGGCAUACUGGAUGCGGAAACUGCCGGAAAUGGUGGAAACACUAGCAACGGAAGCAAUGGCGGCGAUACGCCUAGCGAGGAACGAACGAUAUUUUGCUACAUAGUAAAAGAGACCGAACGGUUUCUGUCGGAAAAGCUUCUGAAGGAACGGCUAGAGAUCGACACACUGCAGGAUGUGGGAACCAUCAAGAACAGAAGUUUUUACACAAAGUUCAUCAAAGUGAAAACGAAGCUAUAUUACAAACAACGUCGUUUCAAUUUGUUUCGCGAAGAGAGUGAAGGUUAUGCCAAAUUGAUUACGGAGCUGAAUCAAGAUUUCAACGAGACUAUCACUGUUCAAAGCAUACUGGAGAUUAUAAAAUCAUUAAUUGGUUGUUUUAAUUUGGAUCCCAACCGAGUUCUUGACAUCAUACUGGAAUCAUUCGAGACCCGUCCAGAACAUGAUAAAAUUUUCAUCCCGUUGCUGCAGGCUUACAUUAAUGAUGGACAUAUUAUCUGUGAAGUUUUAGGUUACAAAUAUCGGCACUUUGCUGAAACCAAAACACCAGAAUCAUUAUUCAAAGUUACUGCAUUGCUCUUGCAAUAUGGCGUCAUCAAGUUGGAUGAUAUCUACACUUGGCUAAGUCCAACGGACAAGUCAAUCGUCACUGAUUGGGAAACUGAUGUUGCGGAAGCAAAAGAAUUCGUCCGCAAAUUGAACGUUGUGUCUACCAACAAGGACAAAGAGCAAGAACCCGAGCCGGAAAGGGUGAUGACUCCGGAAAAAUAUGCAAGUAAUCAGAAGUGGGGUCUUUGCGAGGCAGUUUUAUUGAUAGGCGACUGGAACACAGCACAGCUCCUGCUGAAAAAACUCCCCGAUCAAUCCGUGAUGGUAAACGAGCAAACGGCGAGGGCUCUUUGUCGUCUAUUGCACAUGAUCAUCGAACCGGUGUAUCGGCUUAAAUGUGCACUACCGUGUAAUAUCAAAGGACGACCAAUCAGCAACGGACUCAGUAAGUUGGCUCCCCCACCAGUGACAACUAUCUCGAAACUUCGCAAUCAUGCAUUCCCAAUGUUUAUCGCCCUGGGGCCUUCGUUGCAUUACGAUUCGGUGCUAUUGUACAAACUGCUUCGCUUGGUUCGAGUAAUCCUGACGGAGAUGAAUGUGGAUCCAUUGAAUCCACCGGCGCCGGGUGCCGAGAACGAACCAAUCUACUACGAUAUACUUUCCCUGCUGGAUUCCGCCAUCAUGCCGUCACUGUCCUACAUGGAUUGCAAUUGCUGUGUUUCCGAGGAGGUAUGGUCCAUCGUCAAGCUGUAUCCCUAUCAGUAUCGAUACAGUUUAUACGCCCGUUGGAAGAAUGAUACCUACCUGCUACAGCCCAAGCUGAUCCGACGACGAGGGAACGCUCAGAAGCAAAUCAAAGCGCUGAUGAAAAGAGUCAGCAAGGAAAAUAGUAAACCCGUAGGCAGGCUGAUCGGCAAGCUUAGUCAUUGUUCGCCGGGGUUCCUAUUUGAUUACAUCUUGCUGCAAAUUCAAAUCUACGACAAUCUCAUCACUCCGGUUGUAGACUCUUUGAAAUAUCUUACCUCACUGUCGUACGAUGUUCUCGGUUACUGUCUGAUCGAAUCACUGGAACAAGUCGACCGCAAUCCGAUGCAAAACGACGGAACGUCCAUCUCUCUCUGGCUGCAGAGUUUGGCUAAUUUUUGCGGAGCGAUCUACAAAAAGUACAACAUCGAACUGAGCGGGCUGUUGCAGUACGUAGCGAAUCAGCUCAAGGCACACAAAAGUUUGGAUUUGCUUAUUCUGAAGGAGGUGGUCCAAAAAAUGACUGGAAUCGAGGCGGCCGAGGAAAUGACUGCCGAACAAAUCGGUGCCAUGUGCGGAGGGGAAUUACUUCGUGGCGAGGCCGGUUAUUUCAGUCAGGUGCGUAACACAAAAAAGUCAUCACAGCGUCUGAAAGAUGCACUAGCCAGCAAUGAUUUGGCCGUGGCACUGUGUUUGUUGAUUGCCCAGCAGAAGCAUUGUGUUAUCUACCGCGAGACGGCGUCCAGCCAUUUGAAGUUGGUAGGAAAACUGUACGACCAAUGUCAGGACACCCUGGUACAGUUCGGAACGUUCCUCGGGUCAACAUAUUCCGUCGAAGAGUACGUCGAACGUCUGCCAACGAUUCACAGUAUGCUCCAGGAGUACCACAUCCAUUCGGACGUGGCGUUCUUCUUGGCGCGCCCGAUGUUUUCACAUGCUAUCAGUCAAAAAUACGAUCAGCUUCGUAAAGCCGACCAGAACUCGAAGAAACUGUCGACCUCACAAAAAAUGGCAAAAUACUUGGAAGCGACAGCCUUCGUAAUGAAUCCAGUGAUUGAAUCGGUCAGACCGUUGCAUCCACCUAAAGUUUGGGAAGACAUCAGCUCGCAAUUUCUAGUUACCUUCUGGUCACUUAGUAUGUAUGAUCUGCAGGUGCCAUCCGAGAGUUAUCAGCGGGAAAUUAGCAAACUGAAGCAGCUGUCCCUAUCGGUGAUGGAUUCCAAAGAGCAAAAUGCCUCCAAGAACAAGAAGGAACAGGAGCGACACGCCGCCUUAAUGGAAAAGCUUCAGGAUGAGCGGAAGAAGCAACAGGAGCACGUAGAUAAAAUCAUUCACCGACUGACGAGCGAGAAAGACUCUUGGUUCUUGUCGCGUUCCGCAAAGUCGGCCAAAAAUGAAACCAUCACCCAAUUCCUGCAGUUAUGUCUGUUCCCACGUUGUACAUUCACGGCUCUGGAUGCUCUUUACUGCGCUAAAUUCGUGCAUACGAUCCACAGUUUAAAGACGGCCAACUUUUCUACCCUUCUGUGUUAUGAUCGGAUAUUCUGCGACAUUACCUAUUCGGUCACGUCCUGCACUGAGAAUGAAGCAACCCGGUAUGGACGCUUUCUGUGUGCCAUGCUGGAAACGGUGAUGCGCUGGCACGCCGAUCAAAGCACGUUCAAUCGCGAAUGUUCGAACUACCCGGGUUUUGUCACCAAGUUUCGCGUGAGCAAUCAAUUCUCGGAAGCCAAUGAUCACGUGAACUACGAGAACUAUCGGCACGUCUGUCACAAGUGGCACUAUAAAAUCACCAAAGCGAUGGUGUUUUGUUUGGAUUCGAAAGAUUACAUGCAGAUCCGGAACUCGCUGAUCAUUUUGAUGCGAAUCCUGCCGCACUUCCCGGUGUUGGCCAAGCUAGCUCAGAUCAUCGAGAAAAAGGUCGAAAAGGUUCGUGAAGAGGAGAAAAAUCAACGGCAGGAUUUGUUCGUGCUUGCCUCCAGCUACAUCGGGCAGCUUAAAGCUAAAUCCGGACAAAUGAUGCGCGAAAGCGAUUUCCACCAGGUAUCGGAGAAGCCCGUGAAAGCGGAACAACUGGAAUCGAAGGCAGUGAAUGGGGACAGUAAGUCAGACCGCAAGGAGAUUAAAUCAGAAAAGAAAAUCAUCGUUAGUUCGAAUGCAUCCACGGUCCAAUCGUCUAAACAGCAAAACCCCAGUUCCAUAUCCAACAGUGUGACCAGCAUUAGCCUUAGCAGUAAUUCCGACGUCAAGAUUGUAGAACGCGAGUCGAAAAAGGAGACCCCUGCUCGGGAAUCACGUGAGACCUCCAUCAGCAGCACCACCAAGGAGAAAUCAUCGAAGGAAAUCAAACGGGAAGAGCGUGCCCGUGAGAAAGAACGUGAACGGGAAGAGGCCGCCGCAGAACGAAAACGGGAAAAGGAUAAGGAAAAACGUCGUGAUAAAACAAAAGCCGCUUUAGCAGCCGCCGCUGCCGUGGAAUAUGAAUUGCAACUACAGCAACAGCAACAACAGCAGCAGCAACUGCAGCAACAGCAACACAACAUUGAACGGGAAUCGCGGGGCAGCGAGAGAGAGCGGGAGCGCGAUCGAAGCGAACGGGAUCUCAGUUCGGUAUCCAACUCCAGCAACGAGCAUCGACGGAGUCAGGACCCGCCGGAACAUGACAGAGAAGUGAAACGCCGCAAACUGGAAAGUUCCAGCUCCAAGAGCAAACACGACGACAUCAUCUCGAUCCUCCAGUCAUCCUCUUCGUCUGAGUCCAAGAAGGAACGCGGCAGCAAAGCAAGGGACAAGCGUGACAAAACCGACGAAGAGAAGGAGCUUCGCAAGGAGCGAAAGCUCGGAAGAAAGAGGGACCGUGCUGAGGAGAUUAUGCUCGCCGAGAAGCGUCGACGAGAAGAGGAAAAGGCUGCCAAGCUGCAUCUGCUGAAUGGCGAAGAUGAAAUUAUUCCUUCUCAUCGCGAUAAGCAUCAUCAUUUAAGGGAAAAAUCUCCUGCCUACAACGUCAGGGAUCAUCGCGAGCGUUCGCACGAUCGCAGUGAGAAGCAAUACCUCACCAAGUCUUCACGCACACGAUCCGGAUACUGAAAGUGAUGAGGAGAAUAAGCAUUUUCCAACCGAGAGAGAAAACUGUUAUUUUUAUAUACAUAGUAUAAAAUCCUCUUCACCGGAUUUUAAGAAUAAUUUCUUCCACUCUGUUCAAGACGACAUGCGGAAACCGGUUACUUCUUACAGACUAUCAGUGCCCAUUUUGAACACUUUUUGCUUUCAGUACAAAAUAAUAAACCGACACAAUCAAAGUAUCGAUUAAAAUAUUUCUUUCCCUAAAAAUUUCAUUUAACUUAAAUUGGUGAAUAGAGUGAAGCAGUUACUGAUAAUUAUGCAAUUUUACCAAUAAGGGAAAAGAUGUCAAUUCGCAGUUGUAGCGAAAAAAAACAGUAUCGUUUACAGAGAGCUGCCGAAGAGACAAAAGAUGCCCCUAAAUAUGUAAUUUUUAAAAGUAGCAAGAACUUAAUGAAAUUAAUUUAGGAUACUAAUAAUUAAACCUAUAGUGUAGUAAGAAGGAUUUGAAUGCCUUUGUGUUUCUGAUGAUUCAUUAUUGAUGAAACGGGCUGGUUGCGUCGCAGCUAUCAGUAUAGAUGUCUUUUUUCUUAUUUUUGUAAGAAUAGUGAAGAAUAAAAUAACAUAAAGUGCUGUAA